AUGGACGGAUCCAGAGCCUCCCUGUUGUUUUCUAGGAAGAGCACAUUUCAGACUUUUGGGAAAGAAGUGUGCCUCACGGGUCAUUCGCUAUGCCCCAGCAUGCAGACUGUUCUCAAAGAGUGCAUCUGCUGUGAGUGCCACAUCGGAUUCGGGGGCCACCUGCCCGUGCCCAGGGCCGAGGCAGCCCUGCCUUACUGGGUCCCGCGGACCCUGCGGCCCCAGAAGCAGAUCCCAAAGAUGGUGCGGCUCUGUGUCCCCAGGGCCGUUAGGACAUGCCCCUGCCUAUGCCACAGCUUUGGGGGUCGCCUCCCUGCGCCCUGGGUUCAGGCUGCGAUGCCCUACUGGGUGCCCCGGGGGCUGAGGACACGGAAGAAGGUAGUGAAGAGGCAGUGGAGUUUUAAAGGCAUGAAAGAGCGCCGCUUACUGGAGGCCUCUCGGCACAAGCGCUGGCGGAUCUGCGGAGACAGGCGCCUCCUGCUCAAGUGGCAGCACCUCCAGGCUCUUCACCAGGACAAGCCGCUGGCGCUGAGGAGGGCGGCCAGCCCCCCCGCCCCGCCCCCGCCCCUCAGCCUCAGCUUCCUCACCUUCCUGCAGGCCAUCCUCAGGGCCCUUGUGGCUAUUCGCCCCCAGGUGCAGCGGGCAACCUGA